AUACUGAAGCAGGUGAAUGGAUUGUGUCCUAGGUCUUUGCCUUUAAGAAAUCAAAUCAAAUCAGACUAGCAUUUUGCCAGAACGUGUUUUUCUUCUCUGUCAUGAAUGGAAAUGAUAGCAAAUAUGGUACCAUAGUUCAUCAUUUAUCUUUAGACUUAACACUUUUGAACGCAUUUUGAUCGAAAUGUAAAGUUAUUUCUACCACAGUCAUCAAAUGUUGUUCUACAAGCUUACGCCCAAAACAAAGGAGCGUUGGUGGCAAAAGUAAACGUCACUUGACUAUAUUCACUCUUUGGCGGUAAACAAGAACUUUUGUGUUUUUCCAUCCUGUACUCCGUUGUGUUUGCCCCAUAGUUUAUUUGUUUAGUAUCGCGGGGGGACAGGUUUCACUUACACACCUGUCCUGCAUAAAUUAAGUCUCAUUAGCAUCUCAUUACGCCUGCGCAGUGUCGUCCAUCCUUGUUUCCUAGUUUCCAUCAUACACUAGGCCACACUGGGGAGGGUUUACGCUGCACUUGAGUUGAGACAACUUAAGAUUUAUAAACUCCAAGAAAGGAACAACGGAAGGAGCCGGAAACACCGUUCCUUAGGAUGUGAUCAUCGUUGCCAAGAUAUCAACGAAGGAAAGCGGUGCAGAGAUUUGUUGUCAGAAGUCAAGAAGGCGAUUUUUGUGCUGAACAGGUUGCGUUUUUUUUUGGUGAUGUUUGGACCAUGAAUUGGACUUAAGAGUAACUUCAGCAAUGAACGAUGCUUGCUGGGUACCACGGUCCUACACUAGGAGGUGUUAAGAGAGAGAAAGUUUUCCCGACUGUGUCCGAACGGAAGCUACCAGUGGUUGUGACGGCCACAGGUAUGAAGAACGCCGCCAACAAACAGAGCACGCCGCCCGGUAACGGCAGAGGCGCACAGGAAGGCGCCAUGCUACCAAGACUCGUAGAUCAAGGAUCUAAAAUCGACUUCGGAACUAUCUCACCUCCUAAAGAACCUGAACAAGCGUGGCAGGCCUUGCCUAAG